AUGAUGUGUUUUCCGGGAAACAUUGGCGCUAAAGCGCUGAAAUGUUAUGCAAAGUUGGCUUUAUUGGCACUGUGUAUUAUCAUUUUAACUUUGACUUGUUGCUUCGAAUUUCUAACAGCUGUUAGGGCAACAUUGGUUGCAAACUCAUUUCUAGGCUAUUCGUGGUAUUCGCUUCGGAACAUCGGCCAGAAUAUCAGAACACCGUGUAAGAUAGAAAACUCAUCACUAGAAAUGAGACAUGACAAUCUCAGCCAUGACUUCUUUCAGAGACAGAAAUCUAGAUGCUUUCCCUCUUGUAUCAUCUUUGGCGUGUCAAAGUGUGGCACCAGAGCGGUCUUGGAAUACCUGACCCUACAUCCAGAUGUGGUCGCCCGGAAUUCUGAAGUAAACUUCUUUUGUAACAAAACCCUUUAUGAACGAGGAGUUUCUUGGUAUAUUCAGCAAAUGCCUCUUUCCGAGCCACACCAAAUCACUGUUGAAAAAAGUCCGGACUAUUUUGAAUGCCAUUAUUGCGCUGACCUCAUAUAUGCUGCCAACAGGAACACCAAGUUAAUUCUCUUACUCAGGGAUCCCGUGGAGCGACUUGUGUCUCAGUACAUGCAACUGGCAGACAAAACUGCAGGCUUACCCCCGAUGGAAGAGUGGGUCAUCAACCCGGACACACAUGUAAUCAACAAUAAACUGUCUUCAGUAAUGGCGGGUGCAUACUCAGAACAUCUGUCUCACUGGCUGAAUGUCUUCCCCCAACAUCAGAUACACAUCAUCGAGAGUGACAAUCUGCGAGUUAACCCCUUAGAAGAAAUGACACAAGUCGAAAAGUUUUUAAAUCUAAGGCCGUUUUUUGCUCCCGGAGAUUUUUAUUUCAACAGCAGUCGUGGCUUUUACUGUACACGAAGAAGAUCGACUGGCAAAACAAAAUGUCUGGGCAAAUCAAAAGGAAGACACCAUAUACAC